CAAGACUUGAACUUGAAGACUCAUCAGACGUUUCUCACCUCCCUUUCACGCCGUACCAUACCACCACUAAGAACCUCGAGGGAGCAGUCAGUCAGUCAGUCAGUCAGUGCAAGAUGUCGAGACUUCCAACCGCUUCUUCCACCUCGGACGCAGGUCCUUCUUCCAUCCCACUGGUCACAAGUGCCCCUCCGCGCUCCUCAAAGCUCCCUCUCGAUGGGCAACAGUCACAAUCUCGGGACAACGAGGAGGAUGAAGAGGAAGAGGAAGAGGAAGAAGAAGAAGGCGAGGUAGCCUACCGUCUACUAGAGUUGCCGGAUGAGGUGUGCAGAUUAGUCGAGGAGGCACAAUUGAAGCAGAGGGAGAGUAGGGCCGUAGAGGGGCAAUCGGUGGAAGGAAUUGAGGGCAGGGGAAGGAAGAGAAAACGCCUGGGGGUGGAGCGUGAGGAGAGGGAGCAUCUGGUCAUCAAUGGUCGCCAUGGAGAUGAGGCAGUCCUCUGCACAGCAGACAAGACGUAUGCCCUACGAGAGAUUACACAGAGUAAUUCUCUCCUCCUUUGUUCCCUAGUUGCUCCACAACAUAGCUCAGGAUCAUUCACGGAGAGUAAAGGAGAAGGAGAAGGACAGGGGGAGAAAGGCCCACGGCUGUGCCUCAAGAGUAAUGUAAGCCAGAUGCUCGAGCUGGUACCUGUUGUGCCCCGCUUGGAGCGGAUUGUGGAGCUCUUGCAGGGAAGCAUGUAUGAGGGUGAAGUAGAGGAGAAGCGCAAGAAAGGACAGAGACGAUACACGCCCCAGGAGGUACGAUCUGUUGUGCAGGCUAGCGAUGCAGAGGUGCAGCGCGGGUAUGACGAGCAUCAUGUCGUGCUCCUCGAUGGACAAAUGCGUCUCCUCUCCCCAGCCUACUUGCAUUCUCUGCUCCUCUCCCUGCUCCUCAUCAUCGACUCCAACGCCUACCUACCAAACGAUGUGCCCUUACAAGACGCCAUGAACGCCCUGCGCGAGGACCACCAAGUACGGGAAGAAGUCGCAGAGGCCAUCCUCUGUCGUUGGUUUGGGCAGCAAAAGCAGACCAUUAACGGGAGUGGGAAUGGGAGCGGGGGCGAAGUAGUCGUCAAAGAAGGCUCAACAACUCGAGUAGCACUAGACGGUACGAAGCUCGCUCGCUUCAUCGGGGAGCAGUUGCUCCGGGAGGCUUCCCAACCCAUGCUCCUCUCGACGCUCAUGUCCACCUGGUCCAAGCAGCUAGGGGACUCCUUCCAGUCAUAUGCCUCCCUCCCGCUCCUCGACUCCCUCUACCUACUUCACCCUGCUCCACCCCUCCCCACUGGCUCUUCAAGCACGGCGACGGCGACGCCGCGCCGAAUCGAGCACUUCCCCCGCUCCGCCCUCCCCGUCGCUCCAGCCCCACGCUUCCAAGCCCUCUUUACCGCUCGCCCCAGCUGGACUUUGCAGGACCUGGCACCCUUCAUUGAAGAUCUCGCCGUGGAUGCCAAGAGGAGAGAGGCGCUAUUGCUGAGGUUUGCUAGAGCGAAGAGAGUCGAGGUGCCCGUGCCUGUGCUUGUGGGUGCACAGGGGAAGGGGGGAAAGGGUGAGGAAAAGGGAAAAAAGGGGAGUGCACCUCAAAAGGAGUACAUUACACUUUAUAGCUCAAGGGUGCGCUAUUAGUAGAAAAAAAAAAGCAAUGCAAUACAGUGUAACAUUGUCUCGCGGAUCCCCUAAUAGAAGUUGGAAUUUAUAAGUACAGGUUCCAAGGAAAGAAGUUUACAGAGAGAGGAGAGUUGAGGGUGGAAGAAGAGGAGGAGGAGAUGUGAGAUAAAGGACAAAAGACAAAAGACAAAAGACGAAGACGAAGGGAGAGGGAGAGGAAGACGCAAGUAGGUAAGUUAUAAGAUAAAUGAAAAAGUGUCCGCACUGAAUGGCUCUCCGUCUCUUCGUCGGGGUAUCGCAUCGCAUCGCAAACGGGGUAUUACGUGCAUAGGCAUAGGCACAGGCAUAGGCGCAGCGCAUCGACCUCAUUGAGAAGAUCCUGCCUCCAGGCGAGCCAAAUGCUCAGGAGAGGAUAGAUCAAAGGGCUCACAUGUAGCCAUAGCGCCCCCCUCCUCCUCCUCCUCCUC